GUCCUCUCAGGUUUUAUUUCAGUCUGUAGAGGAGCGAGGACGCGUGUUUAAAGCUGCGGCUGUUUUUGUGGAGGCUCUGAUUCUAGAAACAUCUUUGAUGGUUUUUCACUGAGGCUGUUUGAGUGACGGUUUAAGGACCUCAGGCGUCACCAUGAGCAGCACCAGGACUUCGCCACCAUUCUCCACCUGCCCGCUACUUCUCUUGUUGACCAUCAUCUUGACUGAACUUCCUUUGUCUGCAGCGGGAGGAUUGACUGUGGCGUCCAACACCACCACUAAUCAAACCAAAUGUGGAGGAAGCACGGACUGCAUUGAAGGCGUUAUCCUCCCCAUUUGGAAACCCGUGAACCCGGCCUUCCCGGACCGCCUCGCCAGGGCCACCAUUUACUUUGUGGGAUUGGCGUACAUGUUCCUGGGGGUGUCUAUCAUUGCUGAUCGCUUCAUGGCGUCCAUCGAGGUCAUUACCUCCCAGGAGAGACAGAUCACCAUCAAGAAGCCAAACGGGGAGAAGAUCACUACGACGGUACGGAUCUGGAACGAGACCGUGUCUAACCUGACGCUGAUGGCGCUCGGCUCUUCCGCUCCAGAGAUCCUCCUGUCGGUCGUGGAGGUUUGUGGUCACAACUUUGAUGCCGGCGAGCUUGGACCAAACACCAUCGUAGGGAGUGCCGCCUUCAACAUGUUUGUCAUCAUUGGCCUCUGCGUGUCCGUCAUUCCUGACGGAGAGAUCAGAAAGGUGAAACACCUCAGGGUGUUCUUCGUCACCGCCAGCUGGAGCGUCUUUGCGUACACUUGGCUGUACCUGAUCCUGGCGGUAAUUUCUCCAGGUGAGGUUGAGAUAUGGGAGGGGCUACUCACACUGUUCUUCUUCCCUCUUUGUGUCGGAUUCGCCUAUGUGGCCGACCGCAGACUCCUCUUCUACAAGUACGUGUACAAACGCUACAGAGCAGGGAAGCAGAAAGGAAUGAUCAUCGAGACAGAGGGGGAACCUGAGCUUCCCUCCAAGGUCGACAUCGAAAUGGACGGGAAAAUGCUCAACUCCCAUGGAGAGGAAACGCCAUUUGAUUCUCAGGAGCUGGACGAGGAGGAGGCUCGCAGAGAGGUAGCGAGGAUCCUGAAGGAGCUGAAACAGAAACACCCGGAGAAAGAGAUGGAGCAGCUGAUGGAGCUAGCAAACUACCAAGUUUUAACGCAACAGCAGAAGAGUCGAGCUUUCUACCGCUGUCAGGCCACCAGGAUCAUGACAGGAGCGGGAAACAUCCUGAAGAAGCACGCCGCUGAACAAGCCAAGAGAGCCAACCAGCACGACAUCUGCUCGGAGGUCUCAGCCAGUGAUUUCUCCUCGAAGGUCUUCUUCGACCCCGGUACCUACCAGUGUCUGGAGAACUGUGGCAGUGUAGCCCUGAACAUCGUACGCCGCGGUGGAGACCUGACCAGCACGGUCUCAGUGGAUUACCGGACAGAAGACGGCACAGCAAACGCCGGCUCCGACUACCAGUUCACCGAAGGAACUGUCGUCUUCCAGCCAGGCGAGACCGAAAAGGAGAUCCGCAUCGACAUAAUCGAUGAUGACAUCUUUGAGGAGGAUGAACACUUCCUGGUUCACCUCAGUAAUGUGAGGGUCAUAUCAGAGGGAACCGGAGCAGACGACCAUGAGGGGAACCAUGUAGACGCCCUGGCAGGUUUAGGUCUGCCGUGCACAGCCACCGUCACCAUCUUUGAUGACGACCACGCAGGGAUCUUUACGUUCGAGGAACCGUUGGUGACGGUCAGCGAGAGCAUCGGGAUGAUGGAGGUGAAGGUGGUUCGGACCUCAGGGGCUCGCGGCGUUGUGGUGGUGCCAUACAAAACGAUGGAGGGGACAGCUAAAGGAGGCGGCGAGGACUUUGAGGACACGCACGGAGUCCUGGAGUUUGAGAACGACGAGAUCUGGAAGUGGCUCAGUGUUAGAAUCGUAGACCGAGAGGAGUACGAUAAGCAGGCCAGCUUCUACAUCCAGCUGAAGGAGCCGUACUGGAACAGGAGGAGGUGGACAGGUGGAUUUGUGAAAACAGACAAACAGCUGUGUGGCAAAGACAUCUACAGGAAGGUCCAAGGAAGAGACAACCCCGCUCCCUCCACCAUCAUCAACAUCACAGAGGGAGGGAGUGAGGAGGUUCUGACUAAGAAGGAGGAGGAGGAGAGGCGGAUUGCAGAGAUGGGCAGACCAACGCUGGGUGAACAUGUCAAACUGGAGGUCAUCAUCGAGGAGUCAUAUGAGUUCAAGAACACUGUGGAUAAACUCCUGAAGAAGACCAACCUGGCCCUGGUGAUCGGGACGAACAGCUGGAGAGAGCAGUUUGUGGAAGCCAUGACAGUCAGCGCUGGUGAUGAUGACGAAGAUGAAUGUGGCGAGGAGAAGAUGCCCUCUUGUUUUGACUACGUCAUGCACUUUCUCACCGUCUUCUGGAAGCUUCUGUUUGCCUUCGUCCCUCCUACGGAGUACUGGAACGGCUGGGCCUGCUUCUGCGUCUCUAUCUCAGUCAUCGGCAUUCUGACGGCGGUAAUCGGGGACCUGGCGUCACAUUUUGGCUGCACAGUCGGCCUCAAAGACUCUGUCACCGCAGUGGUGUUUGUAGCUUUGGGCACAUCUGUUCCAGACACCUUUGCCAGUAAGGUUGCCGCCAUCCAGGACCAGUACGCUGAUGCCUCCAUCGGCAACGUGACAGGAAGUAACGCUGUCAACGUCUUCCUGGGUAUUGGUGUGGCGUGGUCCAUCGCCGCCAUCUACCACUGGAGUAAGGGCCAGGCGUUCAAAGUGGACCCAGGCACGCUGGCCUUCUCCGUCACGCUCUUCACCAUCUUUGCCUUCAUCUGCAUCGCCGUCCUCCUCUACCGCCGCCGGCCAGAGAUCGGGGGCGAGCUCGGCGGUCCCAGAAUCCCCAAAAUCCUGACCACCUGCCUGUUCUUCAGCCUGUGGUUGAUGUACAUCGUGUUCUCCUCACUGGAGGCUUACUGCCACAUCGAGGGCUUCUAAGAGUCCUGCUUCUAACGGCGCCUGACCAACCAUCUGAUCCACUUCUAAAGGGCCUUGGGCUCCGGUUCUCACGGGUUCACAUCAUUUCUGAUUUUUUCAUAAAGGUUCAGAGGUCAGAUCACACAAAGCUGACAGGAUCUGAAAAACCGGACUUUGAUGGGUUUCAUGUUUUUAAGGACUUUUUGUUUGAUAGAUUUUCUAACAGACCGACGUGUUUCUAAACAUGGAUGGAAAUAUGCGGCUAACAGUGGUGCAGAUGGCCUUGCAGUUAGGUCCCGCCCCAUGUAUGUGAUUGGUCCUGGUUCAAAUCCAGCCUGUGUGCGCUUUUCCUGCACAUCAUUCCCCAUUCCCAACUCUAUCCACUGCCCUUCCCUGUAAUAAAGGCCCAAAGUGCCCUAAAAAAAUUGAAAUACAAAUGUACGUUUAUGGGAUAAGACACACGACUUUCAGGGUUCCUCCAAAGGUUCCUCAGCGAGAGUCAGAAUUUUCCUCAAGUUUCUGAUGUUUUCGAGGGAGCUUUAAAGAUUCUGCUCAUUUUUAAGGUUGUUUUUAAUCUCCUGGUUUGGAUGAAUGUGUAAAGUACAUUUUAGGUUCUUAAUGGUUUAUGGACGGUUCCAGUAGGUCCAGUCACAGUUUCUUGGUUUAGAUGUGAACUUUGUUUCUGACCAUCUUCAUGGUUCUUCCCAGCUCUCUCUGGUGUCCAUGUUAGUCUCAGAAACCAUCGGCUGAACCUUCAGCUCAUGUUUAACUUUGUUAUUUUCUGUGACUCGAGUUUUUCAGCCACGCCCACUGCUUUGACCAUGAGAAGCUGAUGGAUGAAACGUUUCACCCAGAAGGCAUUUCUGAACUGGGGAUGGAGUAACGUUCAUUUAAAGAUGGCGGACUCUAGAUUUGGUUUUAAGAAGAUGCUGCUGGUCUCUGCCGGUCUUUAACCGGACUCUGCAGCCCAGUGAUGCUGAACUCUCAAACACAGACUCCAGUCGACUGCAGCAGCAGUGGAAAUAUGAAAGCGUAUGUUUGUUUGUGUGUGAGUGCUUACGUAACCUCUACGAACACUGAGAGGGCAGGACGCCAUCAGAGCGAUCUGUGAUUCGAUUGGUUGUUCCUAAGCAGCAGCAGAUUGUCAGAUGGAUGCUGAUCAUGCUCAACAACGUGGUUCAGAUGUAGGAGCGCUCAGGUCUGCGAGGUGUUAAAUUCAAAUAUUAAAGA